CGAGGGGUUCCUCCCUUCGUGCCAGGGCCGGGCAAGAGCUCCUUAAAAGUACCCGUCUCUGUGGCGCAUGAGACAGCCUGGGCUUGGGGAGGGAGGGAAGGAGAGCCGCCGCUCGCAGAAGUACACAAAGCCUUAUUUUGUGUCUCCUUGACAGUACAGUCUGAGGCCCCUCCUCCCUCCCGCGCCUGUCUGUGGCCUAGGAAAUGCGCUGUCAUGGCCAGAAAAGGGGCUUGGCCCAGUUUUCAAAGCGUCUGGGCUGGACUUGGCAGAGCCUCGAGGCCCCUUUCGAGCUGGCGUGGUCGCCCUUGGACGAAGAAGACUCCCCUCAGCCCUGCCUCAAAGUGUCAAAAAGGCAGACUCACACUUGGGGGGCGGGGAGUGCACUUGCAUUGUGGGACUAAUGCAGUUUGACACCGCUUUAACUGCCAUGGCUCAGUGCUUUAGAAUAGUGGUUUUCAACCUGUGGGUCUCCAGGUGUUUUGGCCCACAACUCCCAGUAAUCACAGCCAGCUGUUGGGAUUUCUGGAGUUAAAGGCCAAAGCAUUUGGGGACCCAUAGGUUGUGAACCCCUGCUUUAGAAAGUUUGUGGUGGGUCCAGCACUCUUUGGCUGAGAAGGCUGAAGACCUUGCAGAACUACAGCUCCACUCGUGGUCAUAGCAUUGAGCCAUGGAGGUUAAAGCCUGUCAAACUGCAUUAAUUCAACUCUGUUACUCCUUUCCACCUGCUGCCAAGAAGGCUGUUCAGAUCCUGAACUGGUGCUUGGCAGUUGUGACAACCUGGAUAAGGGUGAACAAGUUGAAAUUCAAUCCAGACAAGACAGAGGUACAGUCCUGGUCAGUUGCAAGGCCGAACAGGGUAUAGGGUUACAGCCUGUGUUGGAUGGGUUUACACUCCCCCUGAAGACAUAGGUUCACAGCUUGGGAGUGAUCCUGGACUCAUUGCUGAGCCUGGUACCCCAGGUUUUGGUGGUGGCCAGGGAAGCCUUCACACAAUUAAAGGUGUGCACCAGCUGCACCCAUACCUUGUGACAUGGCCACCAUGUUCCGUGUUCCACGCUCUUGUUAAAUCUCAAAUAGACUACUGCAAUGCACUCUACGUGGAGUUACCUUUGAAAACUGUUUGGAAGAUUCAAGUCGUCCAAUGGGUGGCAGCCAGGUUGAUCACUGGAGCGGCGCACAGGGAGCAAGCAUACAACCCCCCUGCUCCACUGGCUGAUGAUUUGCUACCGGGAACAAUUCAAAGUGCUGGCUUUCGCCUAUAAAUUUCUAAACUGCUCUGGUCCAUCUCCAAACGCAUCUUCCUUUAUGAGCCAACUAGAGCAUUAUGAUCGGCUGAGGAAGUCCUACUCUCAGUCCCACUGCCCUCGCAGGCAUGACUGGUGGGGAUGAGAGACAGGUACUUCUCGGUGGUGCCCUCUCAGCUGUGGAACUCCCCAGCAAGAUUAGAUUGGCCCCCUCUCUCCUGGAAACAAUUUAAAACGUGGAUUUUCAAGCAAGCACUCGGAGAGUGAGAUGAAGUAGUCUAAUGAUACCUUGGGAUUUGCAAUGUCUAAUGUUCUAUGUUUUUGUCUGUGUCUGAUGUUUACAGUUUUAUGGUUUUAAUCUAUUGUUAUAUGCUAUUUUAGAUAUGUUGUGUAUUUUAUAUUUUAUGUGAGGCAUUGAAUUUUGCCAUUUACUCUGCUAUGAACAGCUUUGAAUCCCUCCAGGGGUGAGAAAAGUAGUAUAUAAAUAAAUAAAUUCUACAAUAAAGAUCAGGGAUGGACAAACUUUGGCCCUCCAGGUGUUUAGGACCAACUCCCACAAAUCCUAAGUUUGCCCAUGCCUCGUGUAGAUGCACCCUGGGAAGCAACUGUGGUGAUUCAUCUUGCAGGAGUGUGUUGAGGGCUAACAAUAUGAAUAUGCCAAAAGGAAAUCUUGACUUGCCAUUUUGAAACAAACCACUGUACUGGACAUCAAGAGCCCAUUGUAAUAAAAGGGAACAGAUGUAUUUACAUGUAAAUGGGUUAACUGCCACUGAACAGCAAUGUAUAUGAACAGCAAAAGAAAUCUAAAAUUUGAAAUUUAGCCUAGGUUGAUUUUAUGGGUGCAUAUCUUUUAACAUUGUUCUAAUGUUGAUGGCAUUGGCAUUCUGCUUUAUUAAGGCAGUGUCAGUGAAAUUGUCUGGCUUGUCGCUGAUACCUUACUUGUCCAGGAAGGAUUUCAGAGCUUGUAUCUGGGUUUUUGUCCAGGUCUUACAUGAGCCCAAGAUGCAUAGCUGAAGCACUGGAACUUCAUUAUCUAUUUUCAACACAUUCAAUGGACUGAGAUGUUAUCUGAAAUCAUAUUUUGUUUUAAUGAUAGUAAUACUUUUUACAGAGUGAAAUCCAUUUUUUCUGAAGGUUAGUAAGAGAUUGCUUCUGGUAUCAAAAAUCAGAAUUUCCCCCUACAUUGUUUGCAUAAUUUUUAGAAGCAAUUGUGUCUAACACUAGUCAUGAGGAAUUACAAGUUGUGUCGUUUAGCAAUGUUGUUUUUUUUUAAAAAAAAUACUUAGAAGAAGGUUGCCAUUAUUUUAGGCUUAUGGGCCUGAAGUAUUUUGAGGUAAAUAUUAUAGGCCUGUUUUUGAUAUUCUUUUGUUUUUGUGAAAUUUUAUUCUUUUUCAACUAAGCAAAUAAUUGUUAUCAGGAGUCAAGUCAGAAAUGUAUGCUACAUUUCUUAGUUUAGAAUAUUUUAGAAGUAUCUCAUGUAGCAAAGAACAGAAAGUUGAAUUGUAAAGCAACUUAAAAAAAUAGACCUAAGUAAAGAUUUUAUACUUUCUUACAUCUAUUAUGAUUCAGCUGUUCCUUCUUUAUAUAUCACUCUGUUUGGAUAGAUAAAGGAUAUGAGAUCACUUUGUUUCCUCCAUCUAUUGAAGCUUUAUACUGUAUAACUGUGCUGUCCUACCUGCAAGACCUGAGCAGAGCUGUUAAUUAUCAGGAUUAAAUUGAGGUCCCUCAUUCAUAGGGUUGCCGUAUUUCAAAGCCAACUUGACAACAAAUAACAACUGGACGACUAUAUGCAUCAUGUCCAAAAUGGGAGCUUUGCGUGUAGGACUUGGUGUGGUCUUGGGAGCAGCUGCAGGAAUAGGUCUCUUCUACUAUUUUUACAAGCAGAAGAGAAAAAAGCCCUGGCAUAAAGGCAAACCAAGACCUGUGGAUUUACAGAGUCAGCACAAUGCACUGGAACCUCAGGAACACACAGAACGUCUGCAGCCUUAUAAUCAGGUUCCAUUGAUGAGAACAGGACCAGUGGGAGGUGGUGAUAAUAUCCCAUAUGCACCUCUUUUAACACGUGAAGAACAAGCUGAAGUGCUGAACCGCCUGGACUUCCUGCUUAAAAACCUUAUAGAACUGCGAAAUGAAGUGGAAGAGUUACGGAAUAGCCUACAAAGUUUAGCAGGAGAUAUUGUUGGAGAAGUCAGAUCCCAUCUAGAAGAAAGCCAGAAGGUUAUUCGUCGAAGACGUUUUCCAUAUCCCAGAGAAAGGAGUGAUUCUACAGGAUCUAGCUCCAUAUAUUUCACAGCCAGCUCAGGAACAGUUAAUACAGAUGAUGGGGAAAGUGAAGGAGGGUACACCACAGCCAAUGCAGAAUCCGAUUAUGAUCGGGAGUCUGAUAAAGAGAGUGAGGAAGGAGAAGAUGAAAUCAGUUGUGAAACAGUGAGGAUGGCAAGGAAAGAUUCUUUGGAUCUUGUCAAUGAAGAUGAAACUGCCUUGACCAUGGACCCUGCUUCAGAAGAAGAACUUGGUCAGUUACUACAACAAGCAGAUAAUUUGCACCAAGGGAGUGACCAGGAGAAGAAAGAAGGAUUCCAACUGCUGCUUAACAAUAAACUAGUGUAUGGGGACAAGCAAGAUUUCCUUUGGCGUCUGGCCCGGGCAUAUAGCGAUAUGUGUGAAAUUACAGAAGAUGCAGAUGAGAAGAAGUCCUAUGCAUCUGAUGGCAAAGAAGAGGCAGAAACAGCUCUGCAGAUGGGAGAUCAAAGUGCUGAGUGUCACCAGUGGUAUGCUGUUCUGUGUGGUCAGUUCUCAGAGCAUGAAAGUAUACAAAAACGGAUUCAUGCAGGACACGAUUUCAAGAAACAUGUGGACAAAGCAAUCACUCUGAAACCAAAUGACCCCAAGUCUUAUUAUCUUUUGGGCCGAUGGUGUUACCAGGUCUCUCACCUGGGAUGGUUAGAAAGAAAAACUGCUUCUGCUUUGUAUGAAGAGCCCCCUACAGCCACUGUCCAAGAUGCACUGCAGAACUUUUUAAAGACUGAAGAGCUGAACUCAGGUUUUUCAAAGAUGGGAAGAGUAUACAUUGCAAAGUGUUACAGGGAGCUGGGGGAUGAUUCUGCAGCUGCUCACUGGCUGAGUAUGGCUUCAGAGCUGCCAGUUAUCACAAAAGAGGAUGCAGAAGGCGAAAGACAAAUAGUAGAGAUGCAAGCAGUGUCAGAAGACUAAGCAAGUUUAAUGUUCCCAUUCAUGUAAUAGUUACAAAUGAACAAAACAAAGGAUUUCACAGUCAUGAUCAUCCUCACUGGACUGGACCUUUUGAACAAGCCUAAGAAAACUAAAAUGAAAAACAAGUUGACUAGCAUUGCUUCAUGGAUAUUUUGAAGUCAUGUAUGUUCACCAAUCAAAUUCAUUAUUCCAAGAAAUAUUAAUUGAAUACUUAAUGCAAUUAUAUUGAAUCAACAUGUUUCAUAUGUUGAUCCCUAUCCAUAAAACAUUACAAUUAUUCUUCAAAAACAGGGGUUAUACCAAGGCCAUACUAGGGGUUAUACUAGUUGCCAUACUAGGGCCUAAACUGAGACAGGCUGAAUAUGUAUUACUCCUUGUAUGUAUCCCACUGAGGAUCAUUCAGUCUGAAUUCUAUUUGUUAGCCCCAACUAGAAUACACUAAAUACACUGACUCAAUGGGAACUUGGCAAGGUCAUGUUCAGUAGUUUUGUUCUAGUUGGGACUUAGAACAGAGGGCCUAAAUUCAAUUCUGGCUAUCCUGAACUGAACUAUACAAGUUAAAUUGAGAUAUGACUCCCCAUGCCCCAUCAAAUUAAUUUUAGAGCCCCCAGUGGCACAGUGGGUUAAAUCCUUGUGCCUAAAGACUGAAGACUGGAAGGUUGGGUUGCAGGUUCAAAUCUAACCUGGGGAGAGUGCAGAUGAGCUCCCUCUAUCAGCUCCAGCUCCCAAAAGGAUGGUAAAAACAUCAAAAAACAUCUGGGCAUCCCCGGGGCAUCGUCCUUGCAGACAGCCAAUUCUCUCACACCAGAAGCGACUUGCAGCUUCUCAAGUCGCUCCUGACAUGAAAAAAAUCAUAUUAAUUUUCCUUAACUAUUUGAAUACUGCAUUAAAACUAUUGGCUGGCUGUGUGUACACACCCACAUAUAUGUGGCUCAGGUAUCUGUGGUCAGCUCACAGUGGAAAAUGGGGAGAAUCUACUGUACAUGUUAGAUACCAUUCACUGUCUAUUGUUAUUUAAAACAGUUGAGCACUGUUGCUUUUGUGUGUGGUUAACAUCUAAGUGUGGAUUGGCAGCAUGACAUUAAGAGUAUAGUUUGCAGUAGACCAGCUAAAGUUCCACUUAACCUCUUAUAAAUACCUCUUACAACAUUUUUGUUUAACGCACAAACCUAACGGACUCUUUUGGGAUGUUAUGUUGCUUCUUGACCACACUGUGAAGGUAUCCUGCAUGAGCAGAAGAGCCUAACCCAAGGAACAUAUGUCAGAAAAAUAUCAACACCUUAACGCCUGGUGACCAAAUCACUUUUUUCAGUUUUAUAAAUGUUUUGAAAGAAACAGUAACACAACCAGAAGAAACAGAAUCAGUUUGAGAGAUUUAAAACAGGAAGAAUUUUCUAUCUCUGCUGGGUUUGCCAAUGUAUGGCAAAAUAGGUUUUUUUUAGUUGUCACUAAAAUGCAUUCCUUCUUUGCAGUCUAGAACAUUAAUUCUUGGCUGUAGAACAAGAUUAGGCCAUGAGGGUCUCCAGUAUGUCUGCAAUUAUUUUGAAAUUAGAAAAAAAAUCAUUUUUUUAGAAAAAAUAUUUCUAAGAAACAUGGAAGCAGAUUCACCAGGGAGAGGUGACCUGACAAUGGUCUUUAAGGGAAAAUACCUUUCUUGGACCUAAAAAACAUCACUGCCCCCUGGAAACCUGGUGAAUCUGCUCCCAGGAGGCCAGGGGUAUGUGCUCCUCCCAAAUUUUAUAUAUUUACCACUAUGUAUAUACUACAGUGAGUUAUACUACAGUGUAUACUACAUGGCAUGAGUGAAAUUACUCAUGCAAUGAAAUCAAAUUAGUCUUCAGUUUUAGCCUGCUGUAGACCCAACAAUCUUACUAGCUCCCAGGUGUGGUAUAAUUCUGUGUUCUGUAUAUCCUCUCCUUUUGCCAGCAACCCAAGUGAGGUUUCUCCAUAUUUUAAAGGCUAAAUUUUACAAGUACAUUGUGGCUGAGGUAUUAUAAGUUUUAAUGCAUACUGCCAUGUUUGACAUUUUUAUAAAAUGAUGUUAGCUUAUAAGAUGUGUAUUAUUCAUUCUCCUAAAUAUAACAUUAUACUAGGAUUGCUUUUUUUAACAAUUCCAAAAAUUAUGGCAGAGAAGGGAAACAAUACUUUUUAUCCAAAUGUUUUCUUUUUUCAUAUUUCUGUCCAAAACAUUUGAACUUUCACUUUGUCCUGGAUACAUGUCCAAGCUAACAAGCUUAUUCCAUGAAAACAAGUUUGGAUUUUUUUCCCCCUCACUGGGUUCACUUUAAAUUGCACUUGUGUUAAAACAGCAAAAGCAGAACUUUGGCCUCCACUAUAUUAAUGGAUUCUACAUUCAUAAAUUCAGCCAUCCAUGGCUUGAAAAUAUAUAUUUAAAAUAAAGGACAAAACAAACCUUGACUUUGCCAUUUUAUAUAAAGGACACUGUUUUACUAUGCCAUUAUAUAUAAUGGGACUUGAGCAUCCAUGGAUUUUUUAUAUCCAUUGCGGGGUCCUAGAACCAAACCUCAAUUCAUUGCAUGGCCAAAAGGUGUCUGCUAAAUGAACAUAUAUUAAUUCUUGUUUGGUCCCUUAAUAAAUCCUCCCUGCCUUGCUAAUGAUUUAUUAUAGACCAUGAGCCUCAACUCCUGCCAACCUAGCAGUUCGAAAACAUGCAAAUGUGAGUAGAUUAAUAGGUACUGCUCCAGCGGGAAGGUAACGGUGCUCCAUGCAGUCAUGCUGGCCACAUGACCUGGAGAUGUCUAUGGACAACGCCGGCUCUUCGGCUUAGAAAUGGAGAUGAGCACCAACCCCCAGAGUCAAUCACGACUGGACUUAAUGUCAGGGGAAACCUUUACCUUUACUAUGAGCCUCAAAGGUACUUCUGCGGGUGCCACUGUCAAUGGAAAAGAUGAUCUUUCCUACCCCAUCAGUCCCCCAUAUAUUUUAAUUAUUCUGAAGUACUGUGAAAAUAGUACAGGCCUGAUGCCUGUGCCAUUUCAGGGGCUUCAGGAGCAAAAGAAGAACAUCCCAUUGUGCUUUUACUUCAGUACAAGUGAAACAUUGGAUUUAAGCCUCAAAAUCACAGUCUUCAUUCCUCAUGCAAAACCUAUUCCUUCCUCAUUCAAAGCCUCAUGCAGAACUUAUUUGCUUCAACAAUGUUGAUAAAAGGGAAGAUUCCUCCAGUAUUGGGCCCUAUGGUACAUACUCAGUCUGUAUCAUAUUAUAGCAAGAUUUAGAGCAUCUUCAGUAUGAAAUCUCAGAAAAUCAGGGAGGGGCACCUUUCAGGGACAAUUCAACUCCCACAUCUCUUAGUUAAUCCUAGUAUAAUGCUAAUAGAAAACUUUUUAACGAAUCAAUUCAAUAUUUAGUGGAGAAUUUGCAAGAAGAAACCGGUGGAAUUUGACUCUGCUGUUAGCUAAUAGCCCACUUUUUAUCCAAAGAGUUCAUGACCAAAUCCAAGGACCUGUUCAUAAAGAAGUGGCUUGUUUAUUUAAAAGAAACUGACUAGCUUAACUAAUAUUUUCGUGCAAGUCUUCAAUAACUUUCAAGUUAUUGUUGUGUUGUGUGAUGGCUCUGUGUAAUUUAAAAAACAGGAUAUAAUUUUAACAGUUUCAUCAUUCCCAAAGAUGUUUUCUUCUUAUUUUGUGGGGUGUGGUGUGAGAGAUGAAGAUUUAAUAACUGACUAUAUCUUACAUUAUAUGUCCUUUUUCUGUUCUAAAGCAAGGUGUACAAUAGAUAUUGAAUUAUUGGUUUGAAUGGGCAUUUUACUGUUCCAGGGAUGAAAGUGCAUUUACACAUAUACAAAUGUAUAUCUUCUGACCAUUUUAGUGAAUUGAUCUCGAGGGUUUUAUAAUUACGCUUUUGGUGAACAUUUUGUGGGUUUUGUUGUUAAUAACACUUUUCAGCUCUGGAAUAAUCAAAACCAAACAAACUCUAACAACAACUACUGUAUUGAGAAAUGCUGCUUUGGCACAUGUUUAAAGAAAAGAACCAAACAUGGUGCUGGUGCAACUUCAUGUAAAAUUCACAAGCCCCAGGGCCUGUAACCUAAUCAGUAAUUCAGCUCUUGUCAAAAGAAUUGCAAAGCUCAGGUUGUUUAAAAAAAAAACACAAAUAAAGCCAAUUACAAAUAUUCCCCUUUGUUCCACAGCCUUCCCAUGGACCACAUGAAUGAAGCUCAUGGGCAGAUCAUGGGGAAAAAUUAAUUGCACUUCCCCAAACCCCCAAUAGCUAUGCUGGAAAUCAUAAUCUGAAAAAGUAGUAUUUUCACGAUCCCAUGCGCCUCCCCAAUGUGCAGAUGUCAUCUUGAGAGCUAAUCCCAUAUAUUGCUCCUCAGAAAACAUGUAUAUCUGGCAAAAUUGAAAACCUGUGAAACUGCUGGACCAAAUUUUGGCUCUUUGUGAGAAGUAGCAUUAGUUGUUAGCAAACCUCUCCAUUCUCCAGUUAUCAAGGAAACUGACAAGAUGCUUCCUGGAUGCCUUUGAAAUUAGUUUUUGCUCAUGGAAACAGAAGUUUGAUACUUUUAUAUAUGCGUGGGAGAACUGCACAACUUAAUAGACACUGACCAAACUAUUUUCUGUAGGUACUCAUUAAAAAGAAAGCUUUAAAAGUAUUUAAAAGAUACUGAUAAUUUUAACUAAGGCAGCAGUCCUAUCCCCACUUACCUACAAAGAUGUCUUAUUAAAACUUGGACUUAUUUCUGAGUAGAGAUACAAUACAUUGUGCUGUAACUACACAUUCUGGCACAUUUUAAUAUUCCAUGUAAAUUCUUAUAGAUGUGAAUCUAGAAUAAUACAGUAUUAGCAGUUGAAUACCGAUUAUUCAAAGUUUGUUUUCUAUGUGUGAAAUUCUGAAAUUGCACUGAGAAUUCCUUUAUUAAAAAUGUGAAUCUAUUUCUAUUAGCAUGGUAUGAGUGGAUGUUUGAAUCAAAUGAUGUUACUCAAACUAUGCUUCAGAAAAUAAGACUAAUUAAAAUGGCACCAAGGAUAUGAAAUUGGGAUCUUUCCCAUAACCUCACACAGUGUUUAAGGGCAGAGACAGGCAGCUCAUGACCCCCUGGCUCCAUGAUAUUCCAUUCAGUCUUGAACAUUUACAACAUUCCUGUUUUCACCUUAUCACCACCAUUAUCUCUAGGUGAAUUUCUAUAAGGGAACUAGAUGGGACUUUGUGAGGCUAGGAUAAAAGGCUUUGAGAUGGCUCCCAAGCUGUUAAUUACAUUCCUUAAUUUAAGGAACCGAAGGGGAUGUUUCUUUGAACUCCCUCCUACUUUGUUCUAAAGGUUCUUAUCCAAAAUAUUACAAUAUAAUAUAGUUAAUGGCAUAGCAUACUGUGCUGAAAACUCUAAAUAUUCUGAAAUUGCUUCAGAUGACCAAAGUGAAAGGUAGAUAAUAAAUCUGAAGUCAAGCAAGAAUAUUUAGGGGAAAGAUGUAGGUGUGUGUAAUAUAGUUGCACAAGUUCGGUUAACUGUGAAUCAAUGUCAAAAGCUUUCAUGAAUGCACUGCAGACCUCCCAGAGGGUGAGUAACUAGGCAUGUUAUGAAUGUGGUGGUGAGAUUAAUUUUCAGUAUCAUGCAGGGAACAAAAGAUGAUUAUAUUUCCCUACAAAAAUUCUUGGAUUGUGUAUUUUUAUUGUUUCUAAAAACCGAACUAAUAUAAGAAUUGUAAACUUACACAAAUGAUUUUAACUUGCUUUAUUCGAAAUAAAAGUGAAAAUACUCUCCAA